AUGUACAACAACUUUGGUGACUCAAGACCAGUGAAUCUUCCAGGCCAUGUCACUGAAGUAUUCUUUGUAUACGACUAUGUGCAUGUACAGAAAAACGUUCGAAAUAACACCGAGCCAAAACAAGAUCUACAUUUUACUGAAGAUGGUCAGAGUCUCGUUGUACAGUGGCGUGACAUGAAAGCGCUAACACCAUGGCAGCUUCAGUCUGACAGCUUUCAGAAGCUCUUUGGCAUGUGUGACUUCACUGCAGGCUUGGCUGUGCCGCGGUGCUUCUUUUUGACCAUCAGUUCCAGUAUGUGCUGCCUUCAGCACUUGGUCAGGAUCCUUUGGAAGAGUUUUUUGGUAACGCCAGGACACAGUACAGGAGAAAUUUCUACAUCGUUAUCAGAUGUUCUGGCUGCUGAUAAAGUUCAACGUCUACAGCAACUUACAAAGUUUGAAGUAGUAUCUGGUGGUCAUGAGAGAACUUUUUCAUUUACACAAUGUGCUCUUUGCAACCACACUCUUGAAGAUGCGGACGUUGAAUGUGUUGCUGCAAAAGUCAUCUUCAUAGCUGGGUAUCUGUCACGAAAAAUUCCCUUUGUUGUGCACGACACUGAAGAUGAAACGUCUGAUGCAGCAUUGUCAUCUGCGCUCGUAAUGGAAAUAGACCGGGGCGGUCCUACACAACCCACGAUGUCAACUGCUCUCUUUGUUCAUAGCGCUGUACGUCUUAGUGAACCCAAGUUUCGCGAUGAACCCAACUUUGAGAGACCGAGCAUGAGCGCCGUCAGUCCCUCAUUUGAGGUGUCCAAGUUGAGGAGUUGGUAUGCAGAGUUUGAUGUGAAGCAGUUUGAAGGGAUCUUCGAUGCAAUAAUUCCUGCCGGCCUCCAGUGGAAUCACAUCAUCAACAACAACAUCAACAACAACAACAUCAUCAACAAUCUCAAAAGCAACAACAACAUCAUCAACAAUAUCAAAAGCAGCAACAACAUCAAUAGCAACAACAACAACAUCAUCAACAACAGCAACAACAACAACAGCAACAACAUCAACAACAGCAGCAGCAACAAAAAUAACAGCAACAAUAACGACGACAACAACGUGUCAGCCAGCUAUAGUGUGAUGACUUCCAUAUUAUAUUUCAAACAGAAACUGUUCACUUCUGCUGCCAAUGAGAUCAUCAUCUUCAACGUCAACAUCAUCAUCUUCGUCCUCGCCCUCCUCACAUACGAUGCUCCAUACUUAACUGGUUAG